AUGAUGAUUGUGAAAGGUUACAAUAGAGCCCUGCCAACGUCUCGUGGUAUAGAUACCUACCUGAUGGUACCUAGAUUGCAGUUACCCGGCUGCAAACGCUGCUCCAACCCUCGUGCACACGCCUGCUUCACUUGCGCUGGUGACGUGCGGGCCGUGCCUUUUGCACGCGCACAUGUCUCGGCGGCGGUGCUAUUGUCUCUAUUGUCCUGUGUCACACUGCUCCAACCACCCGGCAAAGCAUCAACAGUGCCGCCAUAUAAAGGUCAAGGCAUCCUCAUAGGCAAACUGAGAAUCUUUGCCAUUCAACAGCACAGCCAAAACACGUCAUCAAGUCCGUCAGAGCGAAAUACCGACAACAACCCAAACGCCGCGAUUAUAUGGCCCUCGCUGCAAGCCAUUCACCAAAGCACCACAUCAGAUAUGGGAAUGUCAGCGGCUUCUCGUCAAAGUGUCCCUUCAUUUGAGCCUGGUCCCUACAGCAAAGCUCAGCUCGAGCACGUUCUUCUUCUCUACUCCACUUCAUUCGACGGUCUUGCCAAGGUCUACAAGGAACUCGGCGUGGUCUACCACGAUCUUCCACUUCACAUUCGCAGUCACUCUCAUUUUCCACAGGAGCUGCAAGAGCUCAGUGCCACAGCUUUCACAUGCUCAGACUCGCGUGAGAUGCCAGACAUGAUUCAAAUCAUGAACCAACUUCGUGAAGGCUUCGCCCGCGCCCGUGCUGCUGUCGUCUCCGGCGAAUGGGCUCUCGCCACCACUCAGCUAUACAUCGCAGCUGGGCUGAUGGCCGAAGCUGAACAUCGAGUGGCAAAGUUGACAUGGGCCAUGUCUUGCUAUGAGUCGUUCAUCGAGAGUCUCCAGUGCAGCGAAGGAGCGCAGGACUCUUACACGCGGUUUGGCCAGGCUAGGCUGGACACCAAUAUGCUAACCGGGCGGACGCUGAUGAAGCUAAAGUGGCAGGAUGCACUGCCAAAGAGUCUGCAAGACGCUGAGAAUGACAAGACCGCCGACAGCGGAUACAAUUCAUCUGAAUGCAUCCCAGAGUCUGACAGACGAGGCCAAGGACUGGAAAUCGUAGUGGUUACCGUGCGCCCGGUCGACCAAGCCGUCGGAGCAUUUUGGUAG